UAAAAGCUUAUAGAUAUAUAAACGAUAAAAGUAAGAUUCGAUUCAAUAUAAAUAAAAAUUGAAACUGGUGAAAUGGAGCAGAAUCCUAUUGAUCACUUUGUCACAGAAAAUAGUGGAACUGCUAGAUUUGUUGGUUCCGAAUCUAAUAUAAGUAGCACUGAAAAUGAUUUGGUGGGUGCAUGUAGCUCUACAAAUGCUGGUCAUGAAUUUUUAGUUACUAAAACCUCAAAUGGACAAAAACAACAAAUUAAUACACGGAAUGGAAUUCCACAUAGUGAAUUAGUCAAAAUGUUAUAUUACUUAGAAGGUGAAUUACAAGCGAGGGAUGUUGUAAUAGCUGCUUUGCGAAAUGAACGUUUAAAACAGUACAUAAGUCAGUUGAACACAAAACGUGUUACACCAAAUGAUCCUUAUGCUGCAAUUUUUCGUGAUAAAAUAGCACUCUCUGGUAACUUAAUUACACGAGAAUCAUCUACACAAGCAGCGCAAGCUGAAAUGGAGGUGCGACAAAUUAUUGAACAACAAAUGGAACAACAAUAUCAAAUGGUCAACAAACAGCGUGCGACUCACUUGCGUAUGGUCAGCAUCUUAACUGAGUCAUUAGAAAACAAUCAACGCAUGCUCCAAGAAUUGGAAGAAGAAAAGCGUAAGCAUGAACACGAUACAGCCCAAGGUGAUGAUAUAACAUAUGGAUUAGAGUUAGAGCGUACUAAGCUACGUCAAGAAUUAGAAGAAGAACGAGCUCAAGUAAAAAAACUUGAAAAAGAUGUAAAAAAAUUGCAAGAAAGUCUUGAUUAUGAAAGAAAUCGUCAAAAGCAAAUUGUUCUACUGCUAAUAGCAGAGAGAAAAAAAAUACUUAUGAAAUAUAUUGAAGAAGGAAAAAGGUCUGAGGAUUUGGCACAGAUAUUAGCAGAAGAAAAACAACGCUCUGAUACAAUAGCGGAAGGACUUGAAGAGGAGAGUAAAAAAUCUUUACGUAUGGAAGAAGACCUAGAACGACAAGCUGCUUCUUUUGAAAACGAGCGAAGAAUUUUAAAUACAAAUUUAGUCAAAGAAGAACAACGUGUAAAGGAACUUGAAUACGAAUUAACGCUAUUACGAACAGAAAAUGAGUCACUAAAAAAGCAACAUACACAACAAAAUGUUUCAAGUGGUAAUGUCAGUGCCGUUAAAUCAAGAGCGUUUACUGAUGAAACUUGUGCAUCUCCAAUGGUUAAUAUAGCAAAAAUCGUACAACCUACAGCAACUGUUUCGAGUGUUCCUGUUUCUGGACCAACUACAGGUAUUGCACGAUCAAUAACACCUGGUCAAAAUAUACGUACUGGUUUAUCAACAGCAACUGUAACAUCGGCAGUAUCGCAUGCUAGUGCUGCUGCAGUUAAUGAAAUAUCAGGUGCAGCAGUACCAUCACCAGCUAAAAUGCAACCUACUGCCACUAUACAACGUGCACCUGGUGGAAAAUAUUCAGCACUGGCAGCUGCUGCAGCAUCACAUUCUGUUGAACAAUUAACCUCACAUCCGGUACCGAUUGCAGUACCACCAGUUACAGUCCCAGCUGGUGCUCGUGGAGUGCCACCACCAAUACCUCCAAAUAAACCAGUUGUACCACCAAAACGUGAACCAUCAUUAUCACGUUUGGGUUCGACAACAUUAAAUGCAGUGUGCAUGCCAAACACUGGAACAACUUCAACUGUUAAUACAACAAAUAUUAAGCCUAAUUAGAUUAAAAUCAUAACAGUGCUAAGUUAAACUUAAUUAUUUUUAGUAAACGCCAAAAUAGUUGGAAUAUUUGUGGGCUGUAUUUAUAAAACUUUUAUAUUAGCUCAAAUCUCCCUUUCUCUGCAAAAAAUAGUACUAAAUAGGAUAAUAAUUAAAUAAUUAAAAUAUCGUUUAUUUAACUCGGCUAUCUAGCUUUCACUUUAAAGAGUCUUCGGUAUUAAAUAUAAUA